AUGAACUUGGAUACGAAUUUCUCCUGCAACGAUUUCAUACCAAGCGACACUUCAAGCAGCAUCAACAUUGGUGGAAAUUAUCCCUACCAGAGAGCCCAACCAGCAUGUGCAGAAUCAGAAGAAAAAAAUUCGAGACGAAAUGAAUCAGUAGGGCAGUGUCCCUCGGGAUUGUUAACGAGUACUUCAUCCUCCUCCUCGGUCAUUAGCAGUGCUCUCUUCAAUCAGGAUUGUCGUAAGCAAAAAUUGUCCCGUCCCGCAGCACCAAAUAUUGGCUAUGAAUUGUCGCUGGCCAAGUCGAUAAUGCAACAGUACAGCAGCAUAAGUGGUGAUAAUCUUUUCGACCAUUUAUCGGACAUAAUAAAACGUGUCAUAGACGAACGACCGCCGAAUGUCAUUGAUUUCUUCGAAGAAUUCAGUCGCAAUGUUCGUGAACAAAAACUCCAUUUGCCGGAAAGGUUUCCACCCAAUGGGGUCUACGAGGAACACCCACUAUAUAAGGUGGCCAAGAAACAAUUAAUGUCGAUGAAAUUACCCAUGAUCGAUUAUACGAAACCUGGUAUCUCAGAGGAGGACUUUGAAGAAGAUCACCAAAAAGAAGACGAUCUAAAAUUACCAUUAAAACUCGAUUACGCCUAUAAGUUCCGAAUAUUCAAUGAACGUGUUCAACAUCUGCAAUUUUAUUGGAAUCAAUGUGGUUUUAGUAUCUCUUCCGAAGAUAUAUUCCAAUUGGCCUGUUCAAUGGAUCGUAUACAAACACAUCCGUGCAUUAGGCAAUGCCGUUUUUGGGGUAUGAUAAAUGGCCUUAAGGCUUCAUAUUACAUUGUGGAGGCCUUGUUGACAAACGAAGAAAUUGAUGCACGAUUUUUACAAAUGCAUAAAGAAAUCGAAGAGUCGCAAUGGAGAAUGCCAGAGGAGGUAAAACUACCCUCACAUAUUGGUCCUGAAUUAACACCAGGUUCGGUGGGUUGGGAAAAUUAUCCGGCAGAUGAAUUGGAUAAAAUGAUACCUCCAGCCAUGCCCAUACACACGGUUAAAACUGAAGAGCUAUUCGACAUACCACCUGAACCCAUAGGACGUGGGGUAAAUCGUUUUUCAUAUUUUGUCGUGAACUCCCUCUCCGAUGAAUGGAUUGAGUUGCCAAUUUGUACCCCCAAACAAAUUGCGAUUUCUCGUAAGAUUAAGAAAUUUUUGUCGGGAGAUUUAGAAGCGGAUAUUAUUUCGUAUCCCUGCUUUCCCGGCAAAGAGAAACAUUAUUUGAGAGCUAUGAUUGCUCGUAUCACCGCGGGUACUUAUAUUGCUCCUAAGGGUUAUUAUCGCAAAAUGAGUAAGAGUGAGCAGCGUCUAUUUGAUGGUAUUGUGGAUGAUGAAAUGGGUGACGAGGAAGAUGAGGAGAAUGAAAGCACGAUCUUUGGUGAGGGGGAAGGCGAGGAGGAUAAUGAUAUUGUUUUGGUCAAAAACGAAAAAUAUAUUCCCCGACCCCUAACUUCUCUGAACAACCCCUCACAAUGGCUUCACACUAGACCCAAUAUCCUCAAACAAGGUCGAGUUGUUUGGUUCGAUGAAGAGAAGGCAAAACGUGAGCGACAGCGUGAAUUGAAACGUUUAGAAAAAUUACGACGUCUUCAAGAAAUGGGCCUAGAAGAGGGAAACAAUGAAGAGGGUGACGACGAAGAAGAAGAUGAAAGUGAAGAAAACGAUUCCGAAGAAGGUGGCGACGAGGAAGAAGAAUUUGAAGAACCAGAAUUGCGAGAAUAUGGCCCGUCCAUUCUAACACCCUGUUCUCGUGAUGCAAAUGAUGAGAUUUCCGUGCCAUGGGUUGGACGUUUUACCAGCAACUUUACUAAUCGAAAUGAAAGGAUGUUAAUAAUGCGAUCCAAUCUAUGGCCUGGAGCGUACUCCUUUGUUUUUGAAGAUCUAUGCGAUUCCAUUUAUUUGGGUUGGGGUAAUAAAUAUGUCAGACGUAAUAUGACGUGGCAUCAUCCACCCGAACCAGCUGAGGAAUAUCCUCAUGAGGCAAUGGAUUUUGUGGAAGCCACAGAUCCCAGUGUGGAAUUGGAGGAGGCUUAUCGUUUGAGUUUGCUGAAAAAGGAAUUACAGCUAGGGGAUAUGGGGGAGCAUUUGAUGGAUUAUGAAAAUGAGUCACAUGAAUCGGCAGAUGAUAAUACUGAUGAUGAUGAGGACGAGGAAGAAGAGGAGGAGGAGGAAGAAGAGGAGUAA